AUGUUCCAAAAUUUUCUUUUUUUUAUUUUAUUUUUAAUAAUUAAAGAAGCUAUUUCUCAAAAAAAUUCCACAUGCCUCCGAGAUUAUUCACAAAAUUGUGCAGAAGGAUGGUCAAAAUUAAGUAAAUCAAAAGAGUGUGUAGCUCCUUUAUCUUAUAGAGGUCCAUGCCCCCGGUUUUUACAAAUUGAACAUGAAACCAAAAAAAAAAAAGAGUUGGAAAAAUUAUGUAACAUUUAUUGGCCUUGUUUAACUUAUUGUGAAAAAAAUUAUUCUUCUGAAUGCCCCGAAAAAUGGGUUCAAGGAGAUGAUAAAAAUUGUUACCCACUAGCAACUUACGAAGGAACAUGUUUAUUUUCAUACGAUUUUUCAAAUAUGACUGAUGAACAGAAAGAAAUUUGGAGUAACAAAUGUGAAACUAUGUGGCCAUGCAAAGAAAAAUGUAAAAAAGAUUAUUCUAAACUUUGUCCUCAAAAAUGGAUUAAAGAUGAUAAUGAUCUAUGUUCUGCCCCUAUAAAUUAUAAUGGACCAUGUUUAUCUAGAGCAUCAUUAGUUACCCUUGAUAAAGAUAUGAAAGUUGCAUUUGAAAAAUUAUGUAAAUUAGAUUAUCCUUGCUUAAAAGAAUGUAAAAUAGACAUGGAUGAUCCUUGUCCUCAAAAUUGGAUACUAAAAUCAAAUGAAUCAGGGACGUCCAUUAGUUGCCUACCCCCAGAUGAAUAUAAAGGAAUAUGUGAUGAAAAUACAAAAUUUAUUGGUCUAAAUUUAGAAUUAAAAGAAAGUAUAGAAUAUGAAUGUGACAUAAAAUGGCCAUGUGCUGAAGAAAUUCCUGAUUUAAUUAAUUAUGAAGAAUUGUGUCCAGAAAAUUGGAUACAGAGUGAAAAUUAUUGUGUUGCUCCUCAAAAUUAUAUGGGACCAUGUUCAAAAAAAAAAUUAUUCAAAUCAUUUAGAAAAGAAAUUAAGAAGGCAUAUGCAGAAGAAUGCAAUAUUAAAUGGCCACUAUUCAAAAAUAGUAAAGAAAAUUUUCCAAAAAUUUCAGCUUUAAGAAAAGGAAGAUAUAAAUUUGGUAUAGUAGAACCAAUUACAGGAGAAAUUCUUUCUAAAAUUAAGAAAUGA